AUGAUUAUCGUCGACAACCUUUGGUCUGUGGCCGUCGCCUCUGGGUUACUGGCCAUAUUCAUCAACCUACUGUGGGUGCGAUUCAAAGAAUACAAAGGACGCAAAGCCCAUGGCUGCGGUGUUAUACCGUCCUAUCCUCAAUGGGAUCGCAUUCUUGGCCUCGAUCUCGCCUUGAGCCAAAUGAAGGCCCUCCGUGGAGACACUUUUAUCUCAUGGCUGGCAGCUAUACAUGAAGGCCAACCGAGCACAUUCAAAAUCCGUUUCCUCGGAAAACGCCAAAUAUACACCACCGACACGGAGAACCGUAAGGCUAUGACAGCGAUUAACUGGAAGGAUUUUGGCAUUAGUCCUCUCCGACGCAGUACGAAAGCUUUCCAUCCGUUCGCAGACAAAGGUGUCAACACCGUUGAUGGGGACGACUGGGUAUUCAGCCAUUUCCUCAUCAAGCCGUUCUUCAAUCGCGAUUUCUAUAUGAACACUGAUCGGAUCAGGCCGUAUGUGGAGUCGUUAUUCACUCUACUGCUGCCGGAUGGAGAGACGUUCAACAUCCAGCCCCUGCUCCAGCGAUGGUUCCUGGAUUUGACCACUGAUUUCAUUCUUGGGGAGCCUGUGGGGGUCCUCCAUCAACCAGACAAGGCCAGAAUCACAUGGGCCAUGCUGGAUGUUCUCCGUGGCAGUCGCCAGCGCAUGCAGGUCGCAGUAUACGAGGUUCAUGCCUUUGUCGACACACAUAUCACAGAAACUUACAAAGAAAUCAGAAUCCGCAAGGGACACAUCGUUGCUGGAGAGAAAUUGUCCCUGCUGCUCGUCCCAAACAACGACACAACUUCGAUCUUCAUCAGUAAUACCCUCUGGCACUUGGUUCGUCACCCGGAUGCGUGGGCAAGAUGUCGUGAGGAGGUACUGACAGCAGUUCAAGGGGAUGAUGACGAAGCGGUUGGUAAACUCACCUUCUCCGCUCUCAGAGGCAUUAAGUUCCUCAAUGCUUUCCGUAUCUGUCUGAACGACACGACUCUCCUACGUGGUGGAGGUAAAGACGGCCAGGAUCCUAUCUUAGUCUGCAAAGGGGAUAUGGUCCAAGUGACUAAGAUAUCACAGCAGCGCAAUAGGAUAUACUGGGGUGAAGACACAGACGAUUUUCGUCCUGAGCGCUUCCUUGCGCUAAAGCCCUUCUGGGAGUUCGUGCCUUUCAGCGGUGGUCCUAGAAGGUGCCCAGCACAGAUGAUGGUCAUGACGGAGAGUGCAUACAUGUUAGCUCGUUUGGUAAUGCGCUACGAGCGAAUCGAAUCCAGAGAUGCGAAUCCAUACCAUGCUAUUAUGCGGAUUAGACCAAGUAACAAGACUGGUGUUUUGGUUGCCUUCCACAAAGCACAGGAAGGAAAUUAG